UAACGGGAGUAGAAGUUUGUUAGGGACAUUACAGGGAGAGAGAGAGAGGAGCGAGAGAGGGAAGCGGCUCCCUGUUUUGACAGCGACGAGACUCGACGGAGAACUGCGACCUUCAGUCUCGCGCGCGCCUCCACUGCCUCUCUCUCUCUCUCUCCAAUGCUCUGCUUUCCCCACGGCGGAACCCUGAAUCUCCAGGUUGCUACGUAAGUUGUGCCCGACAUGGACCAGUAUGAGAAGGUGGAGAAGAUUGGUGAAGGGACGUAUGGAGUCGUUUACAAGGCUCGAGACAGACUGACAAAUGAGAUGAUUGCUCUUAAGAAGAUCCGGCUCGAGCAGGAGGAUGAGGGAGUCCCAAGCACUGCCAUCAGAGAGAUCUCACUCUUAAAGGAAAUGCAGCAUUGUAACAUAGUCAGGUUGCAUGAUGUAGUGCACAGUGAGAAAAGAAUAUAUCUAGUUUUUGAGUAUCUGGACUUGGACUUGAAGAAACACAUGGAUUCUUGUCCAGAAUUUUCUAAAGAUCCACAUUUAAUCAAGAAAUUUCUGUACCAAAUUUUACGUGGUAUUGCAUACUGCCAUUCUCAUAGGGUUCUUCACCGUGAUUUGAAACCUCAGAAUUUGCUGAUUGACCAGCGAACUAAUGCCCUGAAACUUGCCGAUUUCGGGCUAGCUAGGGCAUUUGGCAUUCCUGUCCGGACAUUUACUCAUGAGGUUGUGACCUUGUGGUAUAGGGCGCCAGAAAUUCUUCUUGGGUCUCGCCACUAUUCUACUCCAGUCGACUUGUGGUCAGUAGGUUGUAUUUUUGCAGAAAUGGUAAAUCAACGUCCACUAUUCCCAGGAGAUUCAGAGAUUGAUCAAUUGUUUAAGAUUUUCAGAGUUUUAGGUACUCCUAAUGAAGAAACUUGGCCAGGGGUUACUUCAUUACCUGAUUUCAAGUCUUCUUUUCCCAGAUGGCCUUCUAAGGACCUGGCAAGCAUUGUGCCGAAUCUCGAACCAGCAGGUGUCGAUCUUCUCUUGAAAAUGCUCUAUCUGGAACCGGGAAGGAGAAUUACAGCUCGUAAAGCUCUUGAACAUGAGUACUUCAAGGAUCUUGGGAUGGUACCAUAACCUGAAUUUUCUCACUCUAUUAUGUAAGUGAAAGUGUGAGAUGUUUUUUGCCUUUUGCAUUUGCCGCAUUCUCCCCAGAACAUGUUUGCCUAAAACUCACAACUAAACUUGAUGCUUGUGCUUGAUUGUUUGGGAACAGCAACUUUGAAGUAUCCUUUCCCAGUUUUCCAUGACUCGGGAGCAUUCAACA